CACACUCUCCGCGCGUUGCGCACACACUCACGACCCCCUAGUGCAGACCCCACCCUCCCCGCUCCACGCGCCCCGCGCGGCCGCGGGAGCCGCCUCCCUUUUCCUUGCUCACGGCUUACGAGGAGCGCGGGAGUUGCUCCAAUACGCGCCCGCCCCCGCCGCUGCCGCCGUGGGCUGGACGGCGAGGCAUGAAGAGCCUCCACGGCCGGGGAGCUGAGGCGGGUCCGGGCCCUGCGCGCCUCCAGGGAGGCUGCCCCAUGCGGCCUCCGUCCCCCGCGGCCCCUCGCUGGGAUGGAGGCGCCGAACUGCUGCCGGCAGCCGCUCCUGGUCUUACUGCUGUGGGUUAACGGUCUAACGAUGCUUGGAUUUGCAGGUGCACAUGAACAGACUAAUCUCUGCAAUGAAUUUCUCAUGUUAGAAAAGUUGCCUGCUUGUGGAAAAUCCUUUGAAGAUAUGAUGAAGAAAGUGGACUCUGAAAAAUGGUGCAACCUGACAGAAUUUAUCAUCAAAUACCUGUUUGUACAUGGAAAGCCCACAGCCACCUGUUGUGACAUUUCAACUGGUAUUAUGACAACUUUACGCAGUGCACAGAACGUGAAGCCAACAAUGCGAGUUGCUUUUGGCCAAAUCGUCUCACAGAGGGCUUUAUCACUGCAAUUCAUGAACAAUUCUUUUCCAACUGUACUUCAGAAAAAGUUCACUGGGAAGAUCCACCAGAUGAAAUUCUCUUAA